AUGACAUUGAAUGAUUCUGAAGCCACGAAAGUAACUAAUGAUAUCCUGACAGGAUCGAAGAAAAUAAAUAAAAAACAAGGACACUGGAACGAAAUAGAACAUAAGGCUUAUCUUAGCUUCCUCGAAGAAAACAACAAUCACACCAAAGGAUAAAGAUUAUUUAAGAAAAUGAGUUAAGUUGUAGGCACAAGAACUCCUAGUUAGUGUAGGUAUAAUUAACACUCUAUAAGAUCGCAUCAUCAAAAAUUCAAUCCAUAAAAGCCAAGAUGCCAGUCAUAAACGGGUAUUUUGAGAUCAAAGCAAUACGCUAGACAAUAUUUUGCUAAGCAAAAAACUCAAGAACAUGAUAGUAAUUGA